AUGAAAUCAUCAUUCAUCGCCUUAUCCGCUGUCGCUGCUGUCGCUCAAGCUCAAUAUUUCAAUUCAUCUUCAGUCGUUGAUGUUACAACUGUUACCAAAAACACUGUUGUUACUGAAUUCACCACAUAUUGUCCAGAACCAACUACUAUUGUCACCAAUGAUAAGACAUAUACUGUCACUGAAGCUACCACUUUAACCAUCACUGAUUGUCCAUGUACCGUUCCAACUGUUAUCACUCUUCCAACUGCUUCAGUACUUCCAACUGAAGAACCAAAACCAUCUGAAGGAGGUAACACUACUGUUGAAACUAAAACCAAAUCAACUGUUGUCACAGAAUUCACUACUUACUGUCCAGAACCAACUACCAUUAUUACAAAUGACAAAACUUACACUGUUACAGAACCAACUACCUUGACUAUUACAGAUUGUCCAUGUACCGUUCCAGUUGAACCAGAACAACCAGACCAACCAGAAAAACCAACAUCAGAAAAACCAACAUCAGUUGCUCCAACUCCAAUCCCAGAACCAACUCCAGAUCAUCCUGCUCAACCAUCCCAACCAGAACAACCUGCUCAACCAUCUGAACCAGCUCAACCUUCUGAACCAGCUCAACCAUCUCAACCAGCUCAACCUUCUGAACCAGCUCAACCAUCUCAACCAGCUCAACCUUCUGAACCAGCCCAACCAUCUCAACCAUCUCAACCAUCUCAACCAUCUCAAGCUGCUCCAUCUUCAGCUGCUCCAUCUUCAGCCGUUCCACCAAUCGUUACACAAUCUGAAAAUGCUGCUGGUAACUUAGAAGCUUCAGUUUUCGGUGGUUUAUUUGCUGCUGUUGUUUACAUGUUAUAA